AUGGUCUCCGCUAUGAUCCUUCGAAAGCUGCUCUCAUUGGCCCGGUCGCUUGGCUACGUGGUGGUAGGGCUCAACGAAUAUUAUACAAGCAAAAAGUGCCCUGGAUGCGGACUGUUUGUGGGCCAGGUCGACAUCCGACGUUUCUAUAGCUCAAAGUGUCAAGUCUACCACCACCGCGAUGUCAUGGCGGCAGAGAACAUAGAAAAUAUUAUCCAAGAGUACCUUGAGCGGCAGGAGCGUCCGGAUUACCUCCACCCGGUUGCCGAGGACGGCUCCCUCCCUUGCAAGGCGAAGCGCGAUGAUGGGUCAAGCUCGAGCACCGCCACGGCUAGCAACACCAUCAGCAGUACAAGUGUCCAAGGACGUCGUAAGAGGGCUUCAACUACCUCAACGCCAGAGCAGGAACAACCCCAAAAGUCCUCCAAGUCGUCCAAGUUGGCCAAGGCGUCCAAAUCAUAG